UCUCUCUCUCUCUCUUCCUGGAUCAUCUCCUCUUGACCAAGAGGCUGUGCAGUACAAUUGUUAAUCACAUACACAAUUAGCAUUAACCGGUCUCUCCACUUUUUUGUUUGGUACGAGGCUGGGUCAUUGUUUGUCUUCUUCUUCCAUAGAUUUUACAUAGGGGAGAUUGAUCAUUCAGAGAGAAGAACGUUCAAAGGAUCAAGGGGAGAAGCAGAGAGAGAUGGCUCCUGUUUCAUUGCCUCCCGGCUUCCGGUUCCACCCCACGGACGAAGAGCUCGUGGCCUACUAUCUGAAAAGGAAAAUAAAUGGCCGCAAGAUCGAGCUAGAGGUCAUCCCGGAGGUCGACCUCUACAAGUGUGAACCUUGGGACUUACCAGGUAAAUCUUUGCUACCUAGCAAGGAUCUCGAGUGGUACUUCUUCAGCCCUCGAGACCGCAAGUACCCGAACGGGUCAAGGACCAAUCGUGCAACCAAAGCGGGAUACUGGAAGGCUACAGGAAAGGAUCGGAAAGUGAAUUCUCAGAACCGUGCGGUGGGCAUGAAGAAGACAUUGGUCUAUUAUCGGGGAAGAGCUCCACAUGGCGCUCGGACCGGUUGGGUCAUGCAUGAGUAUCGCCUUGACGAGAGGGAAUGCGAAAAUGCUUCUGGUAUACAGGAUGCGUAUGCGCUAUGUCGAGUUUUCAAGAAGAGUACGACGUGCAUGAAAAUCGGAGAGCGUUGCAGCACAAUGAAUUCGACUAUGAGCCAAAGAUCAGACGACCUGUAUUUGGAGAGCAGAUGUGAUGACAUGGAAAGCACGGAUAAUUACUCAGUUUCGUUGAAUACAUACUCACCGAGCAUCAUGAACGAGCCAUCAACUUUUGAUGAGUAUCCACCACAUGAAGUCAAGUGGGUUCAGCCUUUGCAUGAAGAUCCGUUUCAGUUUCCUACUCCAUCUUUCUCAAACCGUGGUACCCUAUCAUAUCCUCCAUCUCAGGUUGAUAUAGCUCUAGAAUGUGCUAGGUUGCAGCAUCGGCUUUUGCCUCCGUCACUGGGAAUGGAAAGCCUCGUUCAAGAUGGAUUCGUUCACUCCCAAAUCCCGCAAUCGUCUCAGACGCAAGAAAGCGCAACUAAGUGUGAUAUUUUGCAAGAAAUUCUCUCUGUCGCGCAGGCAUCUCAGGAUCUGAUACAACAGUCCGCCCCUUUAUUUUCUUGGGAUGCAAAUUACACUCCUAUGGAAGAUUUCAACUUCGGCACUGGGAAAGAGACCGCUUAUUGUCACCUAAUUAGUGACAUUCCUUUCACGAGAUACAACAACAAACCGUGCAGCGAUCUGAAUGUUCGAAAUGUGGAGAUUGGAGAUUGGAUGGAGGACUUCAAAAUGGAUCAGGGAACGUCGGAGAACUUGAGAUGGGUGGGAAUGUCAAACAAAGAUAUGGAGAAGACUUUUGGAGAAGAAAACAAAGUAAUUCCUGUCGAAAACAUUUCAAACUUUCAGAGACAUGGAGAGGAAGAAGCUCAAGGAGAAAUGCUGCCCAGUAGCAGCUACAAGGAACUACUUGAAGAUGAAGAGACGGGGGAUUUCCCGCUCGACUUCAUCAAUGAGGACCGGAGUGGAGACUUCCUGGACGACGGCCAUGUCGACGAUUACUCAAACUCUCUGAGCUUUGAGAUCGUCGAGGAAGUAAAAGUAAAUCACGGGAUGUUCGUCACAACUCGACAGGCAGCAGAGACGAUCUUCCACCAAAUGGUGCCAUCACAAGUGGUCAAGGUUCAAAGUCUCAACCAAGGGAUGAUACUAAAUGACUUGCCCUUCACUAGCUCCUAUCCAAAACGGAGGUACGAACUCGUCCGAGAUUCUAAUGUGAGAAAAUUCAAGUCCUUCGCGCGGGGAAAGUUUGUUGGCAUGAAGAAUUCCAUCAUUCCGAGCAUGAAAUUUGGAAGCUCGAUCGUCUGUAUGUUUGCACUAUUCUUGGUACAUCUCAUUUAUCUUGGGGAGGAUGUGGAGUAUGAAAUAUUCAUAGAUGACAGCAUCGCAGCAACAACCGAUGCAGAGAAUAUCGAAGAGUGCAACUUCAACAUGAAGAGAAUAAGGAAAACAGCAAGCAUCAAAUGGAACGACGAGUCUGAGAAUUCUACAUCCAUCACCAUUGAUGGAGGUGGAAGUACCAGGUUGCACUGGAAGAAGACAGUGUUCUGCCUCACAAUUGCUUUGGUUCUUUCUUGCGUUUGGGCUAACCGAAACAUACUCACUCUUGAAUACUGAUAAUGUCUGUUCUUCUACUGUUCUUUUUUCUUGGAAUUUUAUUGGUGUCAAGUCAACUAAUUGGGAUUAGGCUUAAAUUAACCUUGGGUUUACUUAGGGGUCAAAUGCAUUUGUUCUUUCAUUUACAAUCAAACACAUGUUGAAGAUGAUACAGCUUGUAACCCAGUCAUAUACAUUUUACAUUAGUGAAUUCUCAUUUUACUUUUCUUUCAA